CUGUUUUUCACUGGACUGUUUUUGUUGUUGUUGUCUCUUUCAAAUCUACCAGCCUCCUCAUUUUUUUGACAAUGUUGAAUGAUGAUGACUCACCAGGCCCCUUGGCCCCAAAGAAAUGUGUUGCAAAGCCUAAAUCCAAGAUUUCAGCCUCCCGCAGGCUAUCACUGAAGAUCCUCUUGCUGACUCGUGCAACAGAAGAUCUGGAGGCAGAGAAGACUGCAAGAGAGGAAGAGAAGGUCCGCUACCUGGGAGAGAAGCUUCCACCGCUGCAGCUCAUUGGUUUAGACAUGGAUAACCUGCAGAAAAUAUGUAAGGAGAUUAUUGAAAAGAUUGAUAAGGUGGAUGAGGAGCGGUACGACUGUGAGGCCAAAGUCUUCAAGAACCACAGAGAAAUCAACAAUUUGAAUCUAAAGAUUAUGGACCUCGGAGGGAAGUUCAAGAAGCCAGCUCUGAGGAAGGUGAGAGUGUCAGCAGAUGAGAUGCUGAAAGCUCUGUUUGGAUCCAAAACCAAGGGCUCCAUGGACUUAAGGGGAAACCUCAAGUCUGUAAAGAAAGAGGACAUCAAACAAGAGAAGGAGCUGACCAUGGAAGUGGGUGACUGGCGUAAGAACGUGGAGGCCAUGUCUGGUAUGGAGGGCAGGAAGAAAAUGUUUAAUGCAUGAUGUUAGGGAUUAAGAACUGACUGGAAUUUGUUAUAAUAAAUGAAUAAAUAAAAGAGUACAUAAUGUAACAAACGCUGCCACUCUUUUGGCAGAAGUAAAAUCAUACACCAUACUUUCAAGUCACUGUAGUUUUUAUUCCAUUCUCAGGUAGAAC